UCAGUGCUGAAGACCGCCGAAAUCGAUGAAUAUAAUAUUUAAUUUUUUAAACCGAUAACUAUAAUUUACAUAAAUAGUUCGUAUUUCUGUUGCUAGUUUAUGUACACCGUUCAGUUUGCGUUCGGCCGCUGUCACGUAUGCGAUAUCGGAAGUGUCAUAGACUCUGUCGCUUGAUUAUUGUUUAUUAUAUUCUUAUAGUCUUUAAAACCGCAAAAAUUCAUCUCACCAACGUCAUUCGACUGUUUUGCUAGGAUUUGUUUAGUUGUUUUCUUCCAUUAACGUUUUACAUACCCAUAGCCUAUACCUACCUAUAUUGUAUACUGGCGCAAAGUCCGAAGAACAUUCAACGGCCGCGUGUGGAAACUGGUGGCUCGGACAUGGACACUGUCAAGGUUUGCGUUGAUUACCUAAAAGAUCCGGAACUAGUCGCCCGUUUUCAAAGGCUUUUCGGAGUGAUACGGUACGACUCGUCGGACAAUGAUACUACCGUUCCGUCGCUGGACAAUAGCGAGUCCAAGACCAAUAACGAAAGUACGGUACUCAAGUUAAACCCAAUCGAUCAUGUCACUAACAAGUUUUGGUAUUACUUGUUUCUGUCCUGCACGUACCUUGGUGACGAAAUUGGAUACGCUAUCGUCAUACCGUUCUUGAUAUGGAACGUAGACUCGGCAGUCGCUAGGAAAAUGGUGCUCGUCUGGGCUGUCGUUAUGUACAUUGGCCAGUCCAUUAAAGACAUUGUAAAAUGGCCGAGACCGCAAAGUCCCCCGGUCAUUAGACUGCAAACAAAAUGGUCUAUUGAAUAUGGAAUGCCUUCGACACAUGCUAUAAUUAGUAUUGUAUUACCAUUUCCUGUUUUCUAUUACAUUUCAAAUCGAUAUACAAUCGACUACAACGUCGGUAUCGCAAUGGUAUUUCUGUGGUGUAUGAUGAUUUCGCUUAGUCGUUUAUAUUUGGGUAUGCACACAGUUUUGGAUGUGAUUGCUGGCCUGAUAUUAGCCACUAUUUUGUUGAUUCCAUUUGUACCAUUGGCUGAUGUAUUAGACCGUUAUCUUAUGAGUAGCAAUUGGACACCAUUGAUAUUCAUUAUUGUUUCUGUGAGGUUAAUACUUAUUUACCCAACUAGUGAUCAGUGGACACCUACUAAAGGUGAUACGACUCUAAUUUUAGCAUCUUGUGCGGGUUUAUCGACUGGAGGUUGGUUGAACAUUAAAUUAGGUAUACAGGAUGAUAUUCGUGCUAUGAACCCAAUAAUUAAUGAUUCUAUCAGUUGGCUUUCAAUUAAUGAUUUGAGUGUGAUUGUGAUCAGAAGUGGUUUGGGCUAUAGUUGUAUAGCCUUGUUAUUUUUAAUUAGUUAUUACUUUCUUUGUGUUAUUGAUAAAAUAUUAAUAAAAUGUGGUAUGAAUAUAAUUGACGAUGCACUGAAAAGGCAUAUUCCUUUGUUAGAUAUAACUUACAAAUAUUUAACAUUUUACUUUGUAUGUUUAAAUAUUAUGGUUUCGAUACCAUUCUUGCAAAAUUUGUUAUUUGUAUCGAGACAGUCAUUUUACCAUGAAGCUAAGUAGUUAUUCGAUAUUGUUAAUUUAAUUUAAUAUAAGGGUCUGUUAUCGCU